AUGUCCUCCUCAGAAAAAGUCGCCCAGGCCUGGCGGCACACCCCAACGAAGUGGUAUCCCCUCCCGUGGUUCAUCGGCGCUCUCCUGCUCGUCGUGCUCCAGUACAAAAAGUCGGUCAGGAAGGAUGUGUACGUAGACGAGGAUGGGCAGGAGGUCAUCAGGCUGAAGGGGCCAUGGCAGGUGCACAUCCUCGGCGCGCUGCCGCUGCGCAACAUGUCGCGCCUCUGGGGCUGGCUCAACUCGCUCGAGCUCCCCGUCUGGUUCCGUCCGAUCGGCUUCACGAUGUACGCCUGGGCCUUCGGCUGCAACCUCGACGAGAUCGAGCCCGCGGACCUGCGUGCGUACGCGAGCCUCGGCGACUUCUUCUAUCGCAAGCUCAAGCCGGGCGCGCGCCCCGUCGCCGCGGCCGCGCUCGUGAGCCCCGCGGACGGCAAAGUGCUGCACUUCGGCACGAUCAAGGACCUGCGCGUCGAGCAGGUCAAGGGCAUCACGUACUCGCUCGACGCGCUGCUCGGCGUCGAGAAGCACGCGCCCGGCACGCCUGGCUCGACCGUCGUGCACUUCCCGCCGCGCGCCAUGGAGAUCGUCGACGACGAGGAGUUCGCGAACGUCAACGGGAUCGAGUACAGCCUCAACCAGCUCAUCGGGACCUCGACGCCCACCACGCCCACCACGCCGCGCUUCGAGGACCCGCAGGGCCCCGUGUUCCCGACGGACCCGGAGGCGUACGCGCGGCAUCCCACGCCGAAGAAGCACGGCGAGCGCAUCGACGCGUCCGUUGUCGAGCCGGACCGCUCGCUGCAGGACACGGUCGCGCAUGACGUCUCCGUCGCGCGCGAGAUGGGCGUGCAGCCGUCGCUCAGCCACCGCCGCAGCACGUCGGGCACGAGCGUCAAGCCGGGCAACGCGCUCUUCUUCACCGUCAUCUAUCUCGCGCCCGGCGACUACCACCGCUUCCACAGCCCCGCCGCGUGGGUCGUCGAAAAGCGGCGGCACUUCCAAGGCGAGCUGUUUUCCGUCUCGCCGUACGUGGCGAAGCGCCUGGAGAACCUGUUCGUCCUCAACGAGCGCGUCGCCAUGCUCGGUCGGUGGAGGCACGGGUUCUUCAGCAUGAUCCCCGUCGGCGCGACGAACGUCGGCAGCAUCAAAAUUAACUUUGACCAGGCACUCCGCACGAACGUCCGCGGCCGCCCACCGCCGCCCGGGACGUACACCGAGGCGGUCUACUCCGCCGCGUCGCCGAUCCUCAACGGGCAGCCUCUGACCCCCGCGCAGGAGAUGGGCGGCUUCUGUUUAGGGAGCACGAUCGUGCUCGUCUUUGAAGCGCCGAAGACGUUCGAGUUUGCCGUCCAUGAAGGGCAGAAGGUGAAGGUCGGGCAGGCGCUUGGAGAUAUUGGGCACGACAAGGACGAUUAG